CGCCCGCGCACCACAGCCACCGCGUUUUUAUUCUUUCGCAAUCAUAUUUUUCAAAAUAUUCACAAAUAAUCAAAAACACUUUAAUACCGUGCAUCUUCCUAUAUCCAUCCAUCACGUAAUAGCUAUGAGAACAUAAGGAACACACGUGUUUUCCAGUGUGAAAGUUGAUAGUGCACCGAUUAUGUGAUAUUGAUGUAAUAUGCAAAUUCGUUUCAUAACGAUUGCAGUGAAAAUAGUGGUUUGAAUAACUGAGGUUAAUAGACCGAGCAGCGUGUUGAAUUCAUUUAGAAAGCAUUAAUUAGGAACGGUUUUCAUUGUCUGGUAAAACGCUGCCUUUUGACAAAGUUAUACUUUUCUACGGUUGUGCUAAACGCCAGGACAUACUUAGUUACCAGAAAGUGGUGCUGAGGCGGAUGCCUGCAAGUGUGCCGUGUAGCGAUUUCACCGCGUCACGCGCGCUCGCAUACUAGUACUCGAGUCAGAUCGAUCCAAUUGCAGGAAUCAUUCGAUUUACAUGCGAAUGUGAUGCGUGGUGUUGGUGCGGUAGUGAAAGUGAUGCCGUGAUGGUAGCGAUAAACGUGGUUGAGAGCCUGAGCGGCGGAGUGCGACGGUGACGUCAUGGGCCAUGUGGAGGAUCUGCGGCGUCAGUAAGGCCCAACCCGUGCUGUUCGCUGAUAACGUCGACGAUGAUUAUCAGCCGACAUGGCGGUUGUGGGGCGAGGAGCGCGUCGACGGCGCCAUCUACACCGUCUACCUCAAGAAGGUGCGCUACCACCGACCCACGCGCAGCGCUUCCAGUGAGUCAGACGACGAGAUAUCCCACCUGGAGUGGGAGACGGUGCGCGUGCGCUUCGUGAAAGCGGGCACGGUGGAGCGGCUGGUGGAGGCGCUGGCUACUGACGACGGCGAGCUCGAGUCCACUUACGUCAAUGUCUUUCUCGCCACAUACCGUUCAUUUGCGGAGUGUGGGCGAGUGCUGGACCUGCUCCUGCGCCGCUAUGAGGCUCUGGCCGCGGAGGAGGUCGUGCCCUCAGCUGUCGAUACCUCGCAACAACACCGAAAGACUCUGGUGGCAUGUCUGCACGUGUGGCUGGACACGUAUCCGGAGGACUUUCGGCAGCCGCCGCACCACCCCGCGCUGCAGCAGCUCCUCGCCUUCACACAGCUCCAUCUGCCUGGAUCCGAGCUACACUCGAAGGUGUUACAGAAGCUAGCUAUAUUCAGCGCGGAACGCAACGGCAUGUCUGGCGGCGGCGGCGGCGUGUGCCUGGCGGCGGGAAUGCGGCUGUCCGCGCACCACACCAGCACGUACCGCCUGCCGCACGUGCCGCACCGACACUUCGCCGAACAGCUCACCCGCAUGGACAUGGAGCUCUUCAAGAAGCUCGUCCCACACCAGUGCCUCGGCGCCGUCUGGUCCCGCCGCGACAAGGAUCGCUCCCACGACGCCGCCACCGUCCUCGCCACCGUUAACCAGUUCAACGCGGUCUCCUUCCGAGUCAUAUCCACUGUGCUCGUCGAACCCAAUCUCAGGCCGAUGGAGCGAGCCGACAUCCUCGCCGCGUGGCUUGAUAUCGCACGGGAAUUAAGGGUCCUCAAAAACUUCUCAUCGCUGAAAGCAAUCAUAUCAGGGUUGCAGAGCAAUCCCGUAUACAGGUUGAGGAAAACGUGGGCGUUAUUACCAAAAGAAAAAGCAGAGUUAUUUGACGAAUUAGCCAGAAUUUUUAGUGAAGAUAACAAUCGGUGGGCUCAGCGAGAACUGCUCAUGCGGGAGGGUACGGCUAAGUUUGCAGAUACGGUCGGUGAGAACGAUCGACAGCUACAAAAGUUGUUACACGAGCGUGGCUCGCCUGGAGUUAGCCAUGGGACAAUUCCUUAUCUCGGUACUUUCUUAACAGAUCUUACCAUGAUAGAUACGGCGAUUCCAGACACGGUGGCGGAUGGUUUAAUAAACUUCGAUAAACGAAGGAAAGAGUUUGAGGUACUCGCUCAGAUUAAGUUACUGCAGGGUGCGGCAAACGCUUACCAUUUACCCUCAGACCCGAUGUUCGACAGAUGGUUCGACUCUGUCAUAGUAUUGGACGAUAGAGAAGCGUAUCAAUUAUCUUGUCAAUUAGAGCUGCCGACCAAUCCUCCAAAAGAAAGAAGACCAAAGAAGGUCGAUACAAACGGGCAGGGUCACAGAAAGAAUGAUUCUAUCGCGAGCACGAGUUCGAGUAACAGCUCGCAAUUCUAUUGUGAGACUGACGGCGUUGCCUUGGCGUGGAAGAGAGACAGCUUGGAGAGGCGGGUGUCUCCGACGAGACUGUCGCAUGGCUCAUCGUCGUCAUCGCUUCCAUCGCUGGACGUUUCUUUAUCAAGUGCGAAUAGCGGACAGAAGCAGGCGAAUGGGAAAAUGGGAGGUGCGAGUCCAGCUCAUGCUAACUCCCGAAACGGUCCGGAUUUCUACAUCAUACGAGUGACGUACGAAUCUGAUUGUGUGGAGACUGAAGGCGUGGUGCUGUAUAAGUCUAUAAUGCUAAGCAACAAUGAGAGGACGCCGCAGGUCAUCAGAAACGCCAUGCUCAAGCUUAAUCUCGACGGAGAUCCAGAUGGCUAUACGCUAUCGCAAGUUCUGCCUGAUAGAGAAAUGGUGCUCCCGUCUAAUGCAAACGUGUACUACGCGGUGAACACAGCGUAUAAUCUGAACUUCAUUCUCCGCCCACGUAAGCAGCAGGCAGAAACAGUGGUCAACGGUAAAGCACGGGGCAAGCGCACCUGACUAUAUACUCAGUGAAUUGUCUCCUUCGCACGUGAACGGCAACUUCUAAGAUAGAAAGAGACGGAGCAAAGAAGACACUUCACGCCAUUGAUCGAGUCUGAAAAACCGAAUUUGAAUGUAGAGUAGUACAGGGAAAGAUAGAUCAUUCCGAGCAUUACGACCACCGUUGUAAGACCAUGGACAUAAUUUUAUAUAAGUGUGGAUACUCCUAGACAAUUUGAAGUUCCUUCGGAUAUUUAUUUUGUGUCUAUAACACUUGUUCGUAAUGGUGCAUAACACACGUUGAAAUCAGCAAUUAGAUCCUGUGCUCACUGUGUCCCUUUUAAGUGAAUUUCCUUGGUGUGUGGUGUGUAUCUUGUGUAUAUUUUUGCUGUUAUUUUUGGCAAAAAAAACUGACUUUUCCUUUGCAGCUUCGUGCGCCAGUGUUGUGACCUUCACGACUUUAUUUGUAUAAAUGUAAUGUAAAUAUUAAGUUACCUAAUGCCACCUCUAGUAGAAAAACUAACAUCUGUAAAUGUGACUCAUUGUUUGUAUAUAGCGAAUUUGUUGUAAAUAAGAAUCUCAUUAUAAACAUUAGGUAGUGAAAUAAAAUGUAAUUUUAAUGCUGAGCCAAAGGCAAAUCUUUAUGUCUAAUAGCAAGGUGCUGUCCUUUUAAAAAAGUUUAGGAGCUUUAAAAUUUGAACACAUUUCAAAAUCCGAAUUUUUGAGGAUAAUACUUAAAACAUAGGGUAUUUAAUUACAUAGAGGAUAAAUGUGUAGGGAAAUCAUUUUAAAAGCAUACUGUAGAUUUGCUAGAAUCUGUUCUUUUUUUUGGAAAUGCGUCAUUUAUAUAUACGUAGAGUGUUAGUGACAUGAUGAGGGGGAUUCGGUGAUUCUGACCUAAUAUCAAGUGAAAUUUAGCGUCGCGAAAUUCAUGUUCUUUUUGUGUUUUGUAAAAAUAUUUCGUACUUUUGCGAUGAAGAGUCAUGGUGUGACCCCCUCAGUAUUCUUUACGAUGACACACACUUUGUUUUUCAGACGAGAGAAGUUUUGAAGGACAGAUUUCAGUUGUUUUAUAGCAUGUUUACACAAAAAUGUAGUUUGGAUGAAUGUUUAGUGUCAGUAAGUACUAUCUACGUGUAGUCGUCACAGUAACCAUAUAUUGGAUGUCGUUUACCCGUUACACACACGUAAAUAUUUAUGUACUACUUUUAUAAUUCAUAUGUACCUAGUAUCAAUGUAGUAGUGAAUGACUGACAUCUCUAAAGUAACGUUUUCUGCCAUUUUAAUGAUAUAUUAUUAUGUAAUGCAUGAAAAGCAAAAUAACUCAUUCCGUUACCUGUUUAUUAAUUUUAGGAAAGUAAUGGUACCCGAUUCCAGUACACACCAUCUAUGUUUAUUUUAAGGUAUAUACCUGUCAUUUUCUUCUCCGACGAAAAUCAAAGGGACAGAUAAUCGACAGGCAAAAAAUAAUGGGAUACACAUAAAUUAAAAAGAGAAAGCAGAAAUUUAAACAAACCUCCUAAAAUUUUAUAUUGGCCAAUAACUCGACAGAAUUACGUUGAUAGCACGUGUCAAACAGAUUGCAUAUCAGCGAGAUGCCUAUUUCAUUUAUUCAUUUUAAAAUUAACGGUUGUUAAUCAUUCGUCCCUUUCCUUUUCGCCGGAUAAGAAAAUGACGGGUAUAACUUAAAAUUAAGAGGUGUCUGCAGGAAUCGGGGCCGCUGUGCCUGAUUAUAAACGAGAAUGGGCAUAGAACACCCACCCAGUAUACAUACCUGCUUAUUUUAUAGUAUUUUGUUAUAAGUUGCUUUUAUUUAUAUACAUACUACUUAAUACUUUAUAUAUUUUGAAAAUAUAAAUGUAUAUUCGUUCGGUGUACAUGUAUAGUGUGAUUGGUACGAUAUUUAUGGAACGUUUUUGUAAAUAUUUGUACCUUCUACUUGGAGUUUUGUAGUUUUCCACCACAUAACAUCUUUAAAUGUGUAAUAAAAGUUAAUGAUAAUUUUUA